ACUGUGGAAGAGACUACUCUCAUCAACCAUGAACCAUAAAAACUCCACCGCUCUUUCUCUCCCUCAAUCAUUUACAUCUCUUCCUUAAAUCUCUCUUCCCAUCUUCAUCAUCAUCAUUAUCAUUCCAAUCCAAUUCUCUCUCUUUUCUUACUUGUGUGAUCAUAGAUCGACUCAAUGGUGAGCUUCUGCGAGCUUUGUGGUGCCGAAGCUGAUAUCCACUGCGCCGCGGACUCAGCUUUCCUCUGCCGUUCUUGUGACGCUAAGUUCCAUGGCUCAAAUUUCCUCUUCGCUCGUCAUUUCCGUCGCGUCAUCUGCCCUAAUUGCAAAUCUCUCACUCAAGAUUUCGUUUCUGGUCCUCUUCUUCCUUGGCCUCCACGAACAACUUGCUGUUCUGAAUCAUCGUCUUCGUCUUCGUCUUGCUGCUCGUCUCUUGAUUGUGUCUCAAGCUCCGAGCUAUCGUCGACGACGCGUGGCGUAAACAGAGCGCGAGGGAGGGAAAACAGAGUGAAGGCUAAGGCCGUUGCGGUUACGGUGGCGGAUGGCAUUUUUGUAAAUUGGUGUGGUAAAUUAGGACUAAAGCGAGAUUUAACAAACGCUGUCGUUUCGUAUGCGUCACUCGCUUUGUCUGUGGCGGAGAGGAAGCCGAGAGCGACGAAGAGAGUGAUUUUAGCGGCGGCGUUUUGGUUCGGCGUUAAGAACACGAUGAAGUUGCAAAGUUUAAAGAAGGUGGAAGAUGUAACCGGAGUUUCAGCUGGGAUGAUUCGAGCGGUUGAAAGCAAAAUGGCGCGUGCAAUGACGCUACAGCUUAGACGGUGGCGCGUGGAUUCGGAGGAAGGAUGGGCUGAAAACGACAACGUUUGAACAAAAUUGACGUGGGUCCCGCAUUACAAAUUAGGACAUUAGUGCCUUAAUUAAAGGAGUUUGUGUCAUUGACCAUUGGACUUGUUGAUUUUUCUUUUCAACGUUUUAGAAUUAAAAUGGUCUGAACCGAAUGAGAUGAUAGAAAUUUCUUUAGAGGAGGAAUUUAAACGUUUAAAAUCACUCUACUUUCAUCAAUUCCCUUAAAAGAAUGGUUAUUAUUAUAUUUAAGCGAUUAAAAUUUGAUUA